AUAGUUUGAAAGUUCUUAGCAAAAAUGGAACAACAUUCUACGGCAAAUUCUCCCUCCUGUUUGUGCCUUGGACCAAAACAAUCGGGCAAGACGCAGUUGUUAUCAAGUCUUCAGUCGUCUGGAUGCAUAACAAAUGUGUCUCAUUCAGUUCCAACAAUUGGCACGAAUAUAUUCACAGUCAAAUUGUCGGAGACAGCCACUCAGAAGCAAGUCAACGCAUCGACAGCAACUUCUUCAAAUAUUGGGAAACCGAAACCAGUUGGGAACGCUGGCUUUCGUCGUUCAAUGAAAAAUCCGACGAUUACUGUCAUGGAAAUUGGUGGAUCAAUGGCCCCGAUGUGGAGCAAUUACUUGAAUAGUGUUUCAAAGAUUUUAUAUGUGAUUGACACAUCGAAUUUGUGUCAAAUCUCCGCUGCGGGGGUACUUUUGUACUCACUGCUGGCUGACCCACGCUUACAACACACAAAGUUUCUCCUAAUUUUGACGAAAAUGGAUUUGGCAUAUCGACAGAUGCGGAAUGAAGCACUGUUAAUGCUGCAGUUUGAUAAGUUGAAGAAACAAAUCCGUCAGACCAUUCAAAUUGUUGAGACAAGCUCGAUUACAUGCAACGGCCAUCAACGGAUCAUUGAAUGGCUUUCAUUGCCAUAAACUUGAAUCAUUGUCAACAGAUGUUUCAAAUAAAUGCAAUACAAACCGCAUACACUACAAUAAUAUUCGAUUUAUUCUAUGUUU